AUGGACAUCACAGUCAACCAAGAUGGAAAUGGCGAUUUCAAGACCAUUAACGACGCAAUUAGCAGCAUCCCAAUACUCAACACUCAAAGGAUCUUAAUACAUAUUAAUUCGGGCAUUUAUAGGGAAAAGGUGAAUAUUCCAAGAAGCAUGCAUUUUAUAACGUUGAUCGGGAAUGAGUUUGAGCCUCCAACAAUCACGGGCAACGACACGGCUUCGACUGUGAUUGGGAAAGAUGGAAAGAAACUUAGGACGUUUCAGAGUGCCACGGUGGCCAUUGAUGCUGAUUACUUCAUGGCCAUCAACCUUAAAUUUGAGGAUCGGGAAGCCCUCUACGGUGCAACCUUCCACCGGUCGCGUCCCUCCACCAAGUUCAAGCAAGCUUCGGCCUUUUCGAACCAUGGGUUGGGUAGCUUGAUUUUUCCGUGGUUGGGUCGGUUUUUUUUGUCCAUGGGUCCUUAUGCCAUUCUCGUUUUAUCCAUUUAUGUAGAUAUUCCUUUCGAUCCUCCUUCCGAUACCCGUGUUCCUCAUUUGAUUGAUGAGGCCGAGGGGGUGUUUACUUGGGACGAGCUUCAACGGUUUGGAGACUCGCGCCCAAAUGACCCUUUUGACCUUGAUGAUGUUCCUUCUAUUUCGGACGUGCCCGAUUCGAUUUCGGGUCAUGGCGCGUCUUUGGUUUGUACGGAUAUGGGUGACCCUCAUCCGGUCGAGUCGGGUGAUCACGGUCCCCAUCCGGUCGGUUCGGGCGACCAUAGCCCUCAUUCGGGUACCGCGGCUAGGUCCGGGUCCCGUUCGGCCUCUUCGAGCGGGUUAUUGCGCGCGGCUUCCAUGUUUGCCCGUAAUAAACAAUGGGCAUUGUAA